CAACCCGCUUUGCCUUUUCAGUUUCUGAACAAAUUUGUUGCAUUUUCCAUUUUUUUCUUCGCACUCUUUCAUCUCUUCUUCUUCUGUGUAUUGAGGCAUACGCAACAAUGGCACCCAGAGGCAGACCCAGAAAGCGAUUAGGCCGAAUAGACGCAGCAAUUGAUGCCAUGACACCUUUCGGCUUUGAUGAAUCGCUAGUUCGGAAAACAGUGAAUAAACUUCUCAAGGAAUACGGCGGAAAUGAGGGAUGGGCCUUUAUUGAGGAUUGUGGCUACAAAGAACUCAUUGAAGCUAUACUUCGCGAUCUAGAGAGCAAUGAUGAAGGCACUACUAAUUUACAAGAGGGUGUCUCCUCACAAGACGAAAGAGCAGUAGAACCUGCUUUACAAUGCACCAUUAGUCCCUCCAGCACUCUUGGUGAUUUCUCAUGCAAUGAAGCUGGCAAUACUGUAGGAGAAACAGCAUGCUCUGAGCUUGUCAAUGCAGUAGGAGAACCAACACACGAAAAGCUUUGCAGCAACAGACAAGACAUUAGCAAUACUGAAGUAUUUUGUUCCCUGCCAGCUGAAGGAGAUGGAAAUAGCUGGAAAGACGUAGGGGAGGACCAAAUCUCUACCCAGAAGGAGACAGCUGAUGCUGUUUGCCCUGAUGGUCGAAAUUCUGGGAAUGAAGUGCAACCCGGGAGCAAUGCUCAUGUUUUUGCUCUACCUCCAACUCAUUCCCCAUGCCCAGUUAAAUAUCUCAAAAUUUGUUCUGAGAGUCAAGUGCAAUCAUGGAGUUUCUCUUAUGUUUCUAGUCCACUUCCAACUCCUUCCCUAUGCCCAGUUAGACGUCUCCCUCCCCCUGCUGAUCAUCACACCACAGCUCUUCCUUCCUCAAAGGGUUUCUCCUCACAAGAUGAAAGAGCAGUAGAAGACACUGCUUUAGAAAGCACCAUUGGCCCCUCGAGCACUCAUCUUGAUUCCACAUGCAACAAAGCUGGCAAUACCGUAGGAGAAACAGCAAGCACUGUGCUUGUCAAUGCAGUAGGAAAAUCAACAUACGAAGAGCUUUGCAGCAACAAACAAGACAUUGGCAGUAGUGAAGUAUUAAGUGUCCUGCCAGCUGAAGGAGAUGGAAAUAGGUGGAAAGACAUAGGGGAGGACAAGACCUCUACCCAGAUGGUUGAUGGUGGAAAUUCUGGGAGUGAAGUGCAAGCAGGGAGUAACUAUCAUGUUACCGCUCCACCUCCAACUUCUUCCGCGUGCUCACUACUUACUAAUCUCCCUCCCCCUGCAACUCUUCCUUCCUCAAAGCGAGUUUGCCUUGAGCCACCAAGAAGGCGCUUUCCUUGUUAUGGCUGGAUUGAAAGCGAUGAUGAAGAAGAUGCCGAUGACUUCAUACAAUUACCACCAAUGAGACCAACAAUAAGGGGUCGUUUGGUUGUCGGUUAGAGUUAUGCAGGUAUUAGUUAUGCAGGGAUUAGUUAUGCAGGGAUAAGUAA